GCCAAUCCACUCGCGCAGUUUUCUCUCCCGAAAUCCACGGUGAAUAGGUGACACCUCGCCGUCGCCGGAAAAAAAAAUGCUGUCAUCCACCGCUCUCCGGCCGCCGCCACCGGCGGCGCAGCCCGCGACCGUCGCUUCGGCGGCUGCCGGGCGGCGCGCGUCGGCGGGCGGGGCAGUGGUUCGCGCGGUGCGGAACUACGACUCGAUCCCGAAGCGGGAGCCCUUCAGCUCGAGCCGCAGCGUCCUCGACGAGUUCCUCAGGCAGGAGAAGCCCCUCGUCCAGCAGACCAAGGACCAGAUCACAGAUUAUUGCACAACACUUGAAGGCGAUGAAUGCUGUAGCUGUUGGGAUGCUUACUUUGAACUCAAUAAACUUGAGGAGGAGCUACCCAAAGAGGAAAUUGCAAGGAUGGUGAAGGAUUCAGAGGGAGAUCCAAGGUACCUGAUCAAUAGCAUCCAUCACCGUUCAGAUCUACGAAAGAAGAUGGCUGAGAAAUCUCGUAACUCAGUAUCAUCGAACUCUCUGAGUCAAGCUGCGAAACCAAGGCCUUUCCCUGUGCCUGAUGGAUUGCCGAAAACGCAGGAAGAGCUUGAUGAAGAACAGGAGGCCCUAAUGCCGGAGUCCUCUUAUACAAGGCUACUAAGAAGAAUGGGGAGAUAUCCUGAUUGGUAUACACCUCGCCCAGAUCAUGAAACCGACUGAAGCAAGUCGCCAAUAUUCCAUAUACUGCUCCUUGUGAAAAUUUUGUAUUCGUCGUGAGAUAGUGAUGACGCUUGAAGCUCUCUGGGUUAGGUUCGUGUACAAGGUUCAUCAUGGUAGCUAUCCAGGUUCAUGAUUGUAUAAUGGUGUUCAGGUCCUCCUUCCAGCUUUGCUCCAUACGAUGGCUUGCACAAAGUUGUCCUUCUGUGUAUAUAUUCCGGAACAGAGUUUCUGAAUAUUUUUCCUGGUUCAAUGGCAAGAGUUAAAGAUUAACAUA